AUGACCCGUGCUAUAGACGAGGACGAAUUCGUCCUCACAAUCUCUGAUAACGAGGAGCUGCCUGCUAGUGAGCCUGAUACAGAUGACUCGGAUGCGGUAGAGCCCCGCACGAGUACCAAGCGGAAACGGGAGGAAAAGAACCAUACCCGCAAGAACAAGAAGCAGAAGGUCAAAGGGGGAGUUCAAGACGAUGAUCACAAUGUGUCAAGCGACAAUCCGGAAAGCGACGAAGAAACAGGUGUCCAAGAUGGUGCCCUCGACCCCGAUUUCGAGUUUGAUAUCGGAGCGAAUCAUGUGCAGGACCUCGAAGAAUUCGACGGAUGGGGCGAGGAUAACAUAACCACAAAAGAACGAGAGCAAAAGAAGAAAGGUGUCGAUAUUGACGCCAUCAUUGCUCGUCGCGCACAGAAGAAGACAACAUCCAUCGCGUCUAAGAAAGUAAAAGAGACUCCAGAAGAGCCAGAUGAGGAACAAGGGAGUGACAAGGACGACGUCGAUAUCCCGGAUUUUGAAGACGAUGAACUUCUUGCUCCAGAUACUUUCGGUGCAGAUGCUCAAUCUGAAGACGAGGAAGUGGAUGAAGAAGAGGAGGAGGAGGAUGGCGACAGUGCUUCCGAUAGCGACUCCGUGGCGUCUCCCAUUGCCCACCCCGACGAUGAUUUGGCCUCUGAUCAGUCCGAUGCUGAGUCGCAGACGUCUGUCUCGGACGACCCUGACGAAAAGGCCAAACGCGCUGCGUUCUUUGCUCCCGAGAACAAGCACCCCGAUAUCAAGUCCGCAUCCUCGUUCCAGCAGUUCUCCCUAUCAAGGCCUAUCCUUCGGGGCUUAGCCGCGCUCUCAUUCACCACCCCAACACCCAUCCAAGUCCGAGCCAUUCCUGUUGCCCUUCAAGGUUUGGAUGUCGUUGGGUCUGCCGUGACGGGCUCGGGCAAGACUGCAGCUUUCCUCCUCCCUAUCCUUGAGCGCUUACUGUACCGGCCUAGAAAAGUGCCUACAACACGAGUCGCCAUCCUCAUGCCAACCCGCGAACUUGCAGUCCAAUGCUACAGUGUCGCCACCGCUCUAGCUCGCUUCACAGACAUCACCUUCGCCCAAGUCGUAGGUGGCUUCUCCCUGCGCGAACAAGAAACGAUUCUGAAAAAGCGGCCCGACGUCGUCAUCGCCACGCCAGGUAGAUUUAUCGACCACAUGCGCAACUCGGCGAGCUUCAACGUCGAGAGCAUCGAAAUCCUCGUGCUGGACGAAGCCGAUCGGAUGCUCGAAACCGGAUUUGAGGACGAGCUGAACGAGAUUCUACGGACCAUCCCCAAAGGAAGGCAGACGAUGCUUUUCUCCGCUACCAUGACCGACAGUGUGGACAAGCUAGUAAGAGUCGGUAUGAAUCGCCCCAUCCGUUUGUCUGUAGACGCAAAGAAGUCCACGACAGCAGGGCUCGUCCAAGAAUUCGUCCGCUUGCGCCAAGGACGAGAGGGUUUACGCCUUGCUACCCUGUGCGUGCUGUGCCAGAACUUCUUCACCGAGCGCACCAUAGUCUUCUUUCGUCAAAAGAAAGAAGCCCAUCGUGUGCGAGUCGUCUUUGGUUUACUGGGCCUAAAGGCUGGCGAACUACAUGGAAGCAUGACGCAAGAACAACGCAUCAGCGCAGUCAAUGCGUUCCGAGACGGCAAGACAACACACCUCCUCGCCACGGAUCUCGCUAGUCGAGGUCUGGACAUCAAAAACGUCAUGACUGUUAUCAACUACGAAGCACCACAGACUCAUGAGAUCUAUCUACAUCGCGUGGGUCGUACGGCAAGAGCAGGCCGCUCGGGGUGUGCUUGUACAAUCGCCGCAGAACCUGAUCGGAAGGUCGUCAAGGCUGCGGUGAAGAGCGCCCGACAACAAGGCGCGAAAGUUGUGUCCCGUGUCAUGGAUAUUCAAGAGGUCGACGCUAUGCAUCAGCGACUCGACGACCUAGACUCGGAGAUCGAAGAGAUACUAAAAGAAGAGAAAGAGCAAAAACAAAUUGCCGCUACCGAAGCCGAGAUUAAGCGUGGAGAGAACCUCAUCAAGCACGAGUCCGAAAUCAUGGCUCGGCCAAAGCGGACCUGGUUCGAAACUGAGAAAGAGAAGCGCGAUGCCAAGAACAAGGGGCGGAUGGAAUUGAACGGCCCAGACGGGGUGGGAGUCGUGAAAGUGCGGACAGAGAAGAAAAGGUUGAGCAAUAAAGACAAAAAGCGCCUCGACGAUGCGCGUGAGAGAAAAGAGGGAAAGAUGUGGAGGAAGGGAAAGGGCAGCGAGGAGGCGGUGAAGCGGAUGAUCAAGGACAAGGGGAAGAAGAAUAAGAAUGGUGGAAAGGCGAAGGGGAGGAAGAGGUAA